CUAACUUUAGGGAUGCCCCCUCAUUCUGACUAUGGAUUCCUAACACUUCUCCUCCAAGAUGAGGUUGAAGGUUUGCAAAUCCAAUUUCAAGGAAAAUGGUUCACAGUUCAUCCUAUUAAUAAUGCUUUCAUUGUUAAUGUUGGUGAUCACCUUGAGAUUUUUAGCAACGGAAAAUACAAAAGUGUGCUACAUAGAGUUUUGGUGAAUUCUUCUAAGCCUAGAAGAUCCGUGGCAUCGUUGCAUAGCGUUUGUUUCAACAGUACGGUGAGACCGUCACCAAAACUCAUUGACGAAGCGAAUCCCAAACGUUACGUAGACACCGAUUUUGAAACUUUUCUUGCCUACGUUUCAACAACGGAGACCAAGAGAAAGAGUUUUUUGGAGUCUAGGAAAUUCACUUCUAUUCUACAUCGCUAGGAACAAAAAGAAGGAAUUAUUAUAUACUACCUUAAUUAAAGUGCCACAUAUUGCACACAAUAAUUGAUUAUUUACUAGGAGA